ACGCCUGUCAGUAUCAAAAUGCGCGCCUCGUCGAGCGCACGCGCGGCUACGCUCGUCAUUCCUUUGUUUUUAUUAAUACAAAUAUCGUGUGCUCAGUACGAAAUACCUGAUGUGACCAUACGUGCUCUAAAACCUAGAGGAUUUUCAGCUUCUAUUCCAGAUGCCCCAAACGUCAGUCUCUUCGUGUUCCAAGGCAACGUCAACCGUCCGAUAAGCAACAACGAUGUUGGUACCAUCAGCGGAGAAGUCCUGAGAGCCAAGGAUGGAAGGUGGACAGUUGAGGAUCCCAACCUGGACCUGAAGAUUGGAGAUAUCAUCAACUAUUACGUGGUGGUAUCAGCUAAUAGGGCUGGAUAUAUUAAGGAUAAUUUGAGUUUUACUGUUAGAGCUCUCGAAGACCGGUUGGCGACUGACGGGCCUAUCCCGACAGAAUGCAAGCCGACACUUACGCAAGUGCGCGGAGGCAGCGCGUGCGCAGGUCAGACGAUAUUCGAGGAGAACUUCGACAACUUUCGCGAUAACGUGUGGCAGAUUGAGCAGUAUAUACCUGUUUAUACUCCGAACUUCCCAUUCGUGUCCUACCAGCGUUUGGUUUCCGACCCAACAGUGUCGGUAUCAGACGGCAAGUUGCGCAUCGCACCCAAACUGCAGCAGAAACUACCUGGCUUCACUGAUGACUCCAUCUACAGUGGGACUCUUAAUUUAUUUAGUGGCUGCACAUCAUCAGCCGAAGCAUGCAUGAAGCAGGCGUGGGGCGCUGACAUACUCCCGCCCAUCGUGAGCGGCAAGAUCACCACAAAGGGCUUUGCUUUUACUUACGGAACUGUCACCGUGAGGGCCAAGCUGCCACAGGGUGAUUGGAUUUAUCCAGAAAUUCUCUUGGAACCCUUACUUCAGAAAUACGGAACUCUUCACUACAGUUCAGGAGUACUGAAGAUAGCAUCUGCCCGCGGCAACAGGGAACUAAAAAGUGGGACUACUGAUUACUCCAAUAGGGUGCUGUUUGGUGGGCCAGUAAUGGACCUGCAAUGUCAUGACACGCUACUGAACAGCAAAACGUCGACUGAUGGUCUUUGGGGAGACGAUUAUCAUGAAUAUUCCUUGCGGUGGGCACCAGACCGUAUAACCCUGUCAGUAGACGGUAUAGAAUGGGCUCGAGUGGAGCCCACAGCUAGCGGUCUGCGCGGGCGCUUCCCCGACACUUGCACGCAACUCCCGCGUACCUUGCUCGAACAGGGAUCGAGGGUGGCACCGUUUGAUAACCAUUUCUACAUAACCCUGGGCGUUGGCGCAGGCAGCAUCACAGAAUUCCCAGACGGGGUCAAGACUGCGAACGAACGUCCAAAACCCUGGAGUAAUCCCAGCAGGAAAGCUUUACUAAACUUCUGGCAAGACAUGGAUUCCUGGCAGACCACGUGGAACCAACCUCAAUUGAUAGUUGAUUACGUCAAAGUUGUCGCCUUGUGAACAAUAUUUAAGGCUUGCAACACUGCUCACUAAAUACAUUUUUUUGGGCUGAAUGUAUUUAAAACUUUUUUGAAUGUUCGAUAAAGAUAAAAUGGAAUUGUUUAGAGAGUUAUUCGUAAAAAAAAAAACUAUUUAAAUUAUCAUUUGGAAGUUUUAAAAUAUAUUUAGCUUUGACUAUAGUUUUAAGAUUAAGAAGACUGUUACUGCUUACUAUGUAAAAAAGAGGUAAAGUGAAUUGUUUGAAAAAUAGGUAGUCAAAAAAAUUUAGAUAGUAAAAUUACGUUAGAACAGAAUACUCAAGCAUAAUAUUCUAAUUAUUGUAAAAGUUGAUAAGAAAAUCUAGUACUAAAAAAGUAGAGAUUUGAGUGAUUAGAAAACAAAAAUAUUUAUAUACCAGAGAAAUGUAAUAAAUAAAAGACUUAUACACAUUUGGGACUAUUUUUAUUUGCACGGUGUACAUUUCUGCUCGCAUAGCAGAGACAUUCCCGCUAUGCGAAACUUGUAACAUUGUAUGACUAUCAUUUGAAGGCUGGUCGCACUUUUUAUCGAUAAUAAAAUAACGAUAACACCGACACACGUUCGCAUCUCGAAGAAAAUCGAUAAUUUGUUGCUAGGUCUCCACAACCCUAAUUCCUAGUGUUGGGACAACAGAUAAAAUAAUCGAUAUCGAUUAUUGUUUUACGUUAUUUAUCGAUAAACAGUGCGUUAACCAAUAAAACUGUAAACUAUACAUUAAUUAACUGGUUUAUUCCACAAUUUCACUAUUUUACAAAGAGGUGAAAACAGUUUGAGAGAUGUAUUUAGAAUACAAAAUAUUGACAGGGGAUGUAAUUGUUGCGAUUUUAUUUUGGUGAUAGGUUUUAUUAUGGAUUGCUGUUGUUAUAUGCGUCUGCGCAUUAGGAUAGUACAGAAACUUUAUCAUGUCUAUCUAUCGUGUUCCCUUCUGAAUCAAACAAUAAGAUAUAAGAUCUAAGUUAAACGUCAUAUACACUACAAACUUGCGUGUAAUUUUCAUGGCUCUUGAUUUAAAUCAGUGCAACGAAAGUCUGUAAUAGGAGCCAAUUUUGAUGUUUUUUAAUAAGUAUGCUGAGAUCUAGUGUAUAGGAGGAAUAACUUUUGACACUGUAAUAUUUUCUCACUGGUUCACACUUCUGUUUAUCACUGGCUGUCACAACAAUUACAUCCCCACCCAACCUUAUAAAAGACUACAAAUUCUUUGAUCAAUUAAUUGAUAUUACAUAUUAUAAUAUUUUUUUAUUCAUUAUAAUUUUCAAAUACAUUAAAAUUUGUAACUCCUACGUCUCGUCGAAAUGCCCUAAGUGCCUUAAUACUACAGAGAGUCAAUCCCUACUACAUUAACUUGUAGGUAGUAAAACAUCAAAUAUCUUAAUAAAUAGUGAGGGGACACGUCUAGCGAAUAUUUUGUCGAUAAUCGAGUAUAUCGAUAUCG